GUUGUGUGUUAGCUCAGUGCACAGGGUUUUGGGUGGUGGCUGUGGUGAGCUGAGAAGUUUCAGUGAAGUGUCCUGUUUCUUCUUUUGACUGUGCUGUCUUCACUGACUCUUCUCUCCUGACAUCUUGUUUCCCCUGUCGUUGCCAGUUCAACCCCUUUGGACAUCUUGAAAUCACACCUCAUCCAGUUUUAGAAGAUGCAGGCCAUCAAAUGUGUGGUGGUGGGGGAUGGUGCCGUUGGUAAAACCUGUCUGCUGAUCAGCUACACGACAAAUGCCUUUCCUGGAGAAUACAUCCCGACCGUAUUCGAUAACUAUUCCGCCAACGUGAUGGUCGAUGGUAAGCCAGUGAACCUGGGGCUAUGGGAUACAGCUGGACAAGAGGAUUAUGAUCGUCUCCGGCCACUGUCCUACCCACAGACCGACGUUUUCUUGAUCUGCUUUUCAUUGGUCAGCCCCGCGUCGUUCGAAAAUGUUCGCGCCAAGUGGUAUCCUGAGGUGCGGCAUCACUGUCCCAGUACUCCCAUCAUCCUGGUAGGCACCAAACUGGAUCUGAGGGACGAUAAAGACACCAUUGAGAAACUGAAGGAGAAGAAGUUGGCACCCAUCACCUACCCACAAGGACUUGCUAUGACAAAGGAGAUUGGUUCGAUGCGAUACCUCGAGUGCUCAGCCCUCACACAGAGAGGUCUGAAGACUGUGUUCGAUGAGGCCAUUCGCGCUGUGCUGUGCCCGGCUCCUGAGGAGAGGAAAAAGAAGAAAUGUCUGCUACUGUAGAGUUUGCGCAGUGCCUCUGAUCGAAUCAACGGAAUGUACUGAAAGGAUUGUGUUGGAGUUAAGUGUCCUGGAUUUGUGAAGCAAUCUUUGUAACAUAUAUUUUGUGGAUGUAACAUUGAGGUUUUAAUUACGUUUUUAAAGAAAAAAAAAUAUUUUUGCUAUUUGUUUUCCUUGUAAAUUGUGCAUGAGGACCAAAAAAGCAAGUUGUUUUUGUAUGUGUUGAUGGAUUAGGAAUCCUGUCCUCAAACAAACCUGAAGAUAGCAGUCUCUCCUGCUGAUUAACAUUAAUGUUUCAGUUUGAUAUUCUAGAAUCUGCCUUAUGUGAGGUGGGUUGAGUGAAGAAAUGUUUUCUUCCUAUGCCCUGCUAUGCUUCUAAUUGAGCCAGUAGCUCAUGAUUUCCUCCCAGAACAUCCACUAACAGGAGUGGAGACUGUGGUGCACAGAAAACCUGGAUUGCCCUCUCGAGAUGCAAAGCAUUUUAAAACGCUUUGCCUCCAGGAGGCGGACUAUACAACGUUGCUCAUUUUUAAAGGAGUAAUAUUUUCUCCCCUCGAGCUCCUUUUUUUAAAAUUUUUGAACACACUUCAAAAAGUCAAAAUAUUUGUGCAAGCAAAGAGCUUUUAUCCAGCUGGAACUGAACGCCAACAUCAAGUUCCUCCGUGCUAGCUGUAGCUCGGUUAAAUAUAGAGCUCUGAGGCAUCAGUGAAAGUAUUUUGUUUUAAGGAUUCCAAAUUCAGAAUUGCUCCUGUUUUGUUAUGUAUUUUUACAUUACAGCAAAAUAGCUAUAAAUAACCCCUAUAACUCGCUUCCCCACAGCAAAAACUAUGUGACAUCAGAAUGCAGCUGCUAGCUGCUAAUCGGGAUUGUGUGUGGAAUGGGGUUAGAUACUGUGUGUUCCAGGACCGGGUCCCUCCUGUUCAGUCUUAGGCUGCUGAAGAGUCGGGGGUGUGGGGGGGUGGGGGUGCAUUUGAGCUGGGGGGAGGACUGGAGCAGACUUGCUCAGAGACCAAGUGGGCUUUGCUGUGUAGCUGAGCGAUCCAGUAUCCUGCUGUGUUUGGGGAAGUGGGGCUUGCAACAUGAGGCUUACCCAAGAGCUUUAAGGGGGGUGGAGUUGGGGGGUGUGGGGGUGGUGGGCCCGGCGGGUGGGAGAAUUGGUUCGAGCUUUUUCGACUUUACCAGCCUAUUAUGCCUGGGGCUGUGUGGAGGAAAUGAAUGCCUUCAACCCAGUUCCCCUCCAGUGCAGCCAGUUAGGGGCUGUGGUGGGGGAAUUGGUUUGGGAGCAUUUAGUUGGGGGGUGGGGGAAAGGAAGCAGUAGGUGGUGGGCACAGUGCUUUGUGUUUCCAAAAGUGUCUGCAUGUUAAAACGUGUUGGCAGGGUGGAUUUUAACCCCCAUGUGGUGGGCAGGGCACUGAUGUGAUGGAAGUGAAUGUGCCCUAUUAUCAUCACCGUCUUCAUCUGCCUUUUUAAGUGGGACAAGGCAGAGACUCCCUCCCCACCUCCUCCCCCAACAUAGGCAGGGGUUUGCCUUUCACGGAAGAAGCAACAAACAGUUUCAACUUGUUGGUGACAAGUGUUUUGACUGCCCAGUUGUAGCUCUGAGUGUGGGCAGGGGACCCUUCGUUUCUCCCAUCAUGCCUUGCCCCUUGUCGCCCUCCCCACCAAAAAAAAUAGCCACCAGCUUCCAGAGACCAAUUCCAUGCUCAUUCUACCCCCUGCCCCACCAGGAGUCACUGUUCUUGGAGUCCCCAGGACUUCCCAAGAUUCUAAACUGAAUGCUAGCUGCUGGAAGACUCAAAUGGAGAUUUGUGUUAGUUAAUGUUGGGAAUUGCCUGCCCUAGCAAAGCUGCAAAUGAAAAUUUAUCCGUCUUGUGUCAAAAAAAAAUUAAUACUUUUGGAGGCCCCUCAUCUGUAGUUUGCUCAUUCCCCAGGCUUCAGUUGUGUUGUCCUCCAAUUGUCAUUCCAGGUCUACAACCCCUCCACCUCCUGGAAUAUUAGCUUCUAUAUGCUUUGUGUACAAUCUCUUUUUUUUUAUAUAUUUUAAAAUUCAGUAGCUACCCUGCUAGAUGCAAUUUGUUUACACAACUGCAGGUAUAACAGAACAUGCGCCAUGAGCUGUGAAAACAAAGUGGUUUGAAGCAAGAGUUCGUGGGCUCAAAAUAAUCAGAAGUUCAGGAAUUUGUGACGAGUUUGUUUUUUUUCUAAGGAAAUAAAAUGUGAUGAAUUUGUCAGUCUUUUUCGAAGGAAAUAAAAUGUGCAAUUUGCAUCUGUGA